AUGAGUGGAAAUCAGGGAAUGCAGAUGCUUAUCCCCCUUGUGAACAAGUUGCAGGAUGCAUUCGCGUCACUCAGUGUUCCUCUCAAUCUGGACCUUCCACAAAUUGCUGUGGUAGGAUCGCAAAGUGCUGGUAAAAGCUCUGUUCUGGAAAAUUUUGUUGGAAGAGACUUUCUUCCCCGUGGAUCUGGAAUCGUUACCAGAAGACCACUCAUUUUACAACUUAUUCAUGGUCCUACUGAAUAUGCUGAGUUCCUUCACUUAAAGAAUAAACAUUUCACAAAUUUUGACGAUGUUCGCAAAGAGAUUGAGGCUGAAACUGAUCGAGUGACUGGCAAAAACAAGGGUAUUUCGAAUAUUCCCAUUAAUCUUCGGGUGUACUCUCCACAGGUCUUGAAUCUCACCCUCAUUGACUUGCCGGGUCUAACGAAGGUACCGGUUGGUGAUCAGCCUCAUGAUAUUGAGCAGCAAAUUAGAAACAUGAUUUUGGAAUUUAUAGAGCCGGAAAAUACACUGAUAUUAGCUGUAACUCCAGCGAAUUCAGACUUGGCCAACUCUGAUGCUCUCAAGAUUGCCAAAGAGGUUGACCCAACAGGAAUCCGAACCAUCGGUGUGAUUACGAAGUUGGAUUUAAUGGACGCCGGUACGGAUGCUCGGGAAGUUCUGGAGAAUCGAGUCUUUCCUUUGCGUCGAGGUUAUGUGGGUGUGGUUAAUCGAAGUCAAAGAGACAUAGACGGUCGAAAAGAUAUCCAAGCUGCCAUGGCGAGUGAGAGGAAGUUCUUCCUUAGUCAUCCUGCUUAUCGACACAUGGCUGAUAGAAUGGGUACGGGUUAUUUGCAGGCGACAUUGAAUCAACAACUGACAAAUCACAUCCGUGAUACUCUACCAACUCUGCGUAAUCGUCUCCAAACUCAAAUGCUCAGUUUGGAAAAGGAUGUAGAUGCGUUCAAGAGCUUGAGGCCCGACGACCCGUCCUAUAAAACCAAGGCUCUCAUUCAUCUGGUGAAUAAUUUUUCGGAGAAAUUUAUAAACGCAAUUGAUGGUCAUUCGGGAGCAAUCAGUGUGGAUUCCCUUUCUGGAGGCGCUGAGAUCAAUCGAAUCUUUCACGAGCGUUUCCCUUUGGACUUAUUUGAGAUUCAAGUGGACGAAAAGGCUCUGAGGCGGGAGAUUGCCUAUGCUAUUCGCAACGUUCAGGGUAUUCGAGGUGGUCUUUUCACACCCGAUCAGGCGUUUGAUGUGAUCGUCCGAGAUCGUAUUGGCCGUCUUUUGCCACCCACUUUGACUUGCAUAGAUCAAGUUGUCAGCAAGCUCUCAGGCAUUGUGCACUCUUGCCUCGAACAGAUGAGCAGCUAUCCUCGGCUUGCUGACGAAGUGGAACGAGCCAUCAAUUCACGGAUUCGGGAGUCUGAGGUGAAAACAAAGGAUCAGUUGCGCUCCCUUACUGAAUACCAACUCGCCUACAUGAACACCAAUCACGAAGACUUCAUUGGAUUCAACAAUGCCGAUCCUCAGAACGCGAACCAGUCAGCAAAACAGAAGCUUGGUAAUCAGGUUAUUUACAAAAGCUGGCUGACCAUACUCAAUGGAAAACUGAUUCGCAGUGCAAACAAGUACUUCUGGUUCGUUCUCACAACCGAAUCGCUUACCUGGUACCGCAACGAGGAAGUGAGUUACUAUUUCUAUUUCUUACGAUAUUUUUGUUAG